GCUUCAGGAAGACAGUAAGCAAAAGUUGAUAACAUUGAUGCUUGCAGUGGGUUGUGAAAUGGCGACGGCAAACGUUGUUACAGAUGUUGUUGAAGAUUUUGUCACCUGUGGAGUUUGUUUAUGCGAAUAUGACGAAGAAAUUCGUAAACCCAAAUUUCUUCCGUGUUCUCACACUGUUUGUUUCCUUUGUCUUCAGGAAAUCCGCCGAGGGGACACUAUUACUUGCCCAUUCUGCCGCAAAAUAAUUGCAAAAGAACCCAUUUCCGGAGAAGCCGAAUGGAUUCUACCCAACAACACUUAUGCCCUUCAAAUUAUCAAGCAAAAUAAAAAGUUUGCCGAGCUGACUUCAAGUUUUGCAGUUUCAAAGAUAGAAUCUCUUUCAGGUUUGAAAGAAGAGCUGCUGAAAAUGAGAGACACUGGAGUGAACAAAUUAGCUCUGGCCAUCCAGAAACGUAAAGAAGUUGAAGUGCAAGUGAGCCACGCUAUUAAAUUCAUUCAAGCUGCAGAAGAGGAAGCCAAAAAAUUUCUAGAUGAAAAUAACCUUUGCCUGGCGGAACUGAUUUCAACCUUGGAAGCCAAAGGAUCAAAGGAUUUUUCUGUUGACAGGAAAACAGCUGGUAAUGCAGAGGAAGACGUGGUCUUUUCAGAGUUGCUUUCGUUAGUGGAUGACUCGACAUCCGAAGACACAGCCGAAACAUUGAAGCAAAAGAUGAUGACGUCUGUUGAAUUUUACAAUCAGAAACUUACUGAAGCAACAAAAGUGGCUACGGAGUACGAAUUCCGCCAGAAAACCAAGAUUCAAGUCCAUUUGUUUGAUGAAAGCGAUCGUCCAAUCCAAACUUUCCCCGCGUUCGAAAAAGGAUUUCGGUCCAAUCAACCAUCCGAAAUUGAACCGCCAACUCAACAGGAUUUAAAAUUACUUUCAUACGUCGUUUUCACUCUCCUACAAAAACAAAAGAUCCCGUUAAAAAAUGAGAGUCAACCAAUUGAUAAAGUCACGAGUGAUCCUUGGAUCAAAUUACCAAGUCAUCAAUCACAAGAACUCGCUCAUCCGCGUAGUAUAGCUCAUCCCCGCAGUAACUUUCGUUUGAAUUCUUCGUCCAAGUUUAUUCUCCGAAUUUUUCGAUCUGGCAGACCGAAAGGCGAAAUUCAUUUCCGACCUGCGUCCACAUUUCAUCCAAAAUUUGUGCAACAACUGGGCGAAUUUUGUUACAGUUCCCAACGUGACUUUUCCUGUACCAUCAGCAAAGCUACAUCUGAACAAUUUGUCUUGUUAUCAGUGCAUCACCCACAAUUCCAGCCUGCUGUUCCCAGUAUGAUCAACCGCAGAUACAACACCGUCAUAGCUAACGAAGAAAACGAGAUCGGCUUAACUUUGGUAACAAACUCUUCCGGUAAAGUUACGGGCUGGAGUUUCUUCUUUCUGUUGGAGGAUUCUGACAAUUACAAUUUUCCUGCUAACCCACCCGAAUGGAUAUUAGAUAACGAGCACUUUGGUGAUGUGAACAAUCAUCAUCAAACAUUGAAUGCCUUGAAGCAGUUGAGUAGGGUCAAUAAGUCUGAAAGAGCAGAGUACAAUUUCACUUUGGAAUCCGAGUAAUAAUUCGAAAUGAGACAGAGAUCAUGUUUCAUAAAUUGUUUUGAUGGAAUAUGAAGUUUUCACCUUAUCAAGUUUGGUUUUGCAUCGCUGUAUAGUCGUGUGCUAAUACAACGUUGUUGAAGCU